AUGCCUGGAUCGUUCGAGGACAAUGGAUUCCUCGACCAGGAAGAGCCCCUUCCUCCGCUCCACGUGGCAGUUGAUGCGGAAGAUGUGGACCUGGUGCGCCAAUUAGCUGCCACUGCGGACCCUGUCGAUCUGGCUGCGGCUCUCUGUCGAUCUUGCGAAUAUGGUAAAAUCACCAGCACCCACGCUCUGCUCGAGAGCGGCCGAUGUGAUGCCAACACGCCUGUGAAUGGAGACACACCUUUAUUCUUGGCCGCGAAAAAGGUCCAGUUAGCCGUAGUCAAAUUUCUGCUUCAGCAUGGGGCCGAUGUCACGAUCAAAUCCAAGAACAAGCGGUCUGGAGACAAACCCCCAGCUUUUACCCCCCUCCACGGAGUGGUGGACAGUCUGGCUCCCUACCAAAAGGUGGAAGAUCUGACCCGCUACGAAGAGCUGAUGCAGGUGCUGCUGGAUGCUGGGUGCGACAUCAAUGCGCAGGAUGCCAAUGGACAUACCGCGCUGCUGCUUUCAGUACACAAGGAGACUGUCCUUGCUCCAUUUCUCUUGCAGCAUGGAGCGGACCCGAACAUCGCAGAGUACCGGGGAGGCACGUCUAUGCAUUUCCUCCACCACCCCUUGGACCACCCAGAGUUGUUCAAGGGCCUUAUGGCGGGUGGAGGCCGCCUGGAUAUUAUUCGAGAUGGAAAUGGUCAAACCCCGCUGCAUGCCUAUGCGUCUAAGUGUCAACUGGGCGAUCUCUCGCUGUUCCAGCCCUUUGUGUCGGAUUGGACGAUCACUGACGGCAAGGGCAACACGCUUCUUCAUACCGCCGCCGCGAAACAUCGUUGUGGGAGCGACACUAUAGUGGAAUUGCUGAAGCUUGGAAUUGAUCCCAACCAGAGGAACCAUGAAGGGCAACAGGCUAUCCACUUGGUGGAGGGCUCGGAGCAAAACAUCCAGGAUGUGUUGGACAUUCUUUGCGCAGCUGGUGCAGAUCUCGAGGCUAGAGACUAUCGCGGAUGUACGCUUCUCACCAAGGCCAUGCAUGGCAACCCACAGUGGAAUUGUCGCGAGCUUCUUCCCUACCUAAUCAGCCGUGGAGCCAACAUCAACGCGCAGGAUUAUAAAGGCAACGGGGUACUAUCUUAUCUGAUCAAACCAUACCAUUUCCGAUCCGAGUACUUGGAAUUUCUACUGUCUCUUGGAGCAGACCCAAACAUGGUAAAUUACGAAGGAGACACGCUCAUGCAUCAUCUCGCGGCCAAUUUUGCUACCAUCGACCAAGAUACGGCUCUUUUAGCCAUGAUUCAACUUGUCAAAAUGGGCAACUCCCCCACGAUUCCCAAUUUCCGUGGUCGGACACCUCUGCAUCUGUUGUGCAGCCAAUCUUCAGAUAAUUUGUUCGCGGCUACCGCACAGGGAGGCAAGUGUGCUAUCGACCUACUUCUAGAUGUGGGUUUCGGUAUCGCUCUAAAUAUGAGUGAUCACCAGGGAAUUCGACCUAUCCACCUUGCUGCUACGGUUUCGGAGCACCUGGUCGGUAAAUUACUCGCUCGGGGCGCUGAUGCUACAUUUUCAACAAAGGAUGGCCGCAAUCUGUUGCAUAUUGCGUCAGCCGCGCGCCAAAGUAACUCUGUUGGACUAAUCUUGGACCACUGCGACACCAAGAAGCUGGAUAUAAUGCUCAAUGCACGCUCGAAAGACGGGAGAACGCCACUGCAUGUGGCCUGCCGCUCUGGAAGACUGGAGACAGUUAAUCUUCUCCUUGCAUAUGGAGCAGAUGUCAACGUCGAGGACAAGCAAAACCGUACCCCUCUAGAUGCAUGCGCCGAGUCCAUCGCGGAAGACCAGCUUUGGCAGGGGGCUGACGACCAAGAAAACAUAAUGAACACGUACUCCGCGGCAGGGAUUUUGGCAGAAGAUAACCAUCGGCCGACACAGCCCACAUCGAAGAUGGAAACGAAGCACCACAAGACCAAAGGCUUGGGGUGGAAAGGAGAAAUCACAUCUGAAAGUUCAACAAUCGGAAUUGGACGAAUCGUACGAGCAUUGGCAUCCCAUGGAGCCUUGGCAUAUGAAAAGAAAUUUGGCACCGGUCCUAUGUACUACGCGGUUGAAGAAGGAAAUGAGGAAAUGACCGUGGAGUUGGACAGGUUAUCACGAGAAAUGAGCCUUCAGAUUCAAGGUCACCACAGCAUGACUGAAUACUAUCUGCUGCGCUCUCAGCGCCUCCCAGACAUCCUCCAAGAACGAUUCAAGGAAUACAUCUCUGAACAUAAUGUGCUCCCAAUGAUCUUGCUCGGCAACCACGAGGAGGUUGCACAGGCGGUGGAGAAAAUCGCCUCCGUUAUUGAGGAUAGAUCCUGCAUGCCGGCGGUUAUGACCUCUCUCGCGAGAUGGGGAUUUCCAGAGCUAUUUGGGCGAAUCGGCAGUGCGAUAUCAGGCAACUGGAUCAACGGCGAUGGCACAAAUUUUCGGGACCAAAGGCUGACGCCGCCUCUUCUGACGGCUGCUCAGCGAGUCCUUCCUAACUUGGAUGUUAUUCGGGUCAUGGUCGAGACGUUCAACACAGAUGUUAACAUCAGAUUUGAAGAAGAUAUGGUUGAUAAACCCCAAAUAAGCUACCAGACAAGGAUGGCACUGAACCGACAUUACAAACCUGGUGAUACGAUCCUCCAUCAACUGGCCCAUGGUACGCACUGGUGGUACAAAGGAGCCAUUCGGUACCUCCUGGAACAUGGUGCUGACCCCAACGCCCAAAACAAACAGGGCAAGACGCCUUUAUGCAAUGCAGUUUCACGGGGGGAGCUGGGGGGUCACCACCAGCUCGAAAUCACGAGAAUAUUGCUGGAGGGCGGCGCCGACCCUAACAUAGCUGCAACGUGUGGUUAUACCCCGCUGGCCAUGUCGGCGCACGACACCGAGUUGUUCCAAUUACUGAUCGACCAUGGAGCAUAUCCCUCUCAGGACCACCCCAUGGAACUCUUCGCUGCGUUGUCCAGUUUCAACAAAGACGUGGCCUCCGCUCUCUUAGAAAUGGAUUUGAACUGCAACACGACGGUGUUAUCCAAUGCGCAGCCACAUUGGCACACUCACCGUGUCCAAAGGGUCCCGGCAAACCACGGGCUCAAGCUGAGCCCUCUUCUUUACAUCUCAAUGCUACCAUUUAACGAAGCCAACUGCCGCGACCACGCCUGCAGGAUGAUUGAAUUUCUCCUAGAACGCGGGACAGAUCCCUUCCUGCCUUGCGACAAGAACCAAGUGAUUCUACACGAAAUUUUCGCCAGCGGAGGAAUCAUCCAACCAUGGCUAGAUAUGCCCGAUCUUGACAUAGAACGACGCGACCCCGCAGGAAGAACGCUGCUGCUGGCAGCGGCGAACUCUACGACUGGAACCCACUCGUAUGCCUGCACACUUACGGCAUACCCAUUCCGAAGCGGGGACCUUGCACCAGCGUCCUGGAAGGAGGGUGACCCUACGCGUGCAAUGGCCCUGUAUCAACGGGGAGCGGAUUUGAGUGCAGUAGAUGACGAGAGAAACAAUGUAUUGCAUUAUCUGGCUGAUUUUGACUGCUUUAAUGAUCACUUCGCGUCGGUUGAGGUUCGACGGACUCUGAAAUUGUUCGUGGAUAAAGCCCCCGAGUUGGUACACCAGACCAAUGUGCAUGGGCAGACGCCUUGGUCGAUAGCGGCGGACAAGCAUCUCGUGGAGCUCAUGGAGAUCUUGCGGACAAAUAAUGUGCGCGCGGAAUGA